AUGUCCUCAACUUAAUAAUAUUUUUUUAAGAAAUUACUUCCAAAAGCACCUAAUUCUCGAUAAUUCAGUAGAGAUAAAAGUUAACCAAUGUUCAAUCCUAUUACUCCAAUUGUAUUAUUGAUGUUUAUAAAUAAAAGGCAAAGUUUAGAAUACAUCAUAAUAAUCAAUUUAUAAACAAAGAGAAAAUGUAAAGAACUAGCAAUAACUUUUUUAAUAACACUACUGAAAGUACAAAAAUAACAAAAACUUAGAAUUAAUAACUACUACGAAAACCUGAUGCUGAUUAUAAAUAAUUAAUUUUUGAUAAAGAAGAUUAAGAAGAAGAACAUUAAUUCUAAAUACUUUGCUAUACUUUAGAUAAACUAUUAUGA